UGAUGCCGACCACAGAAGAGCUUGCUGCUGUUUCAAAAAGAAAUGCUACUAAAGAACUUGAAAAUAAAGCCUCUAAACUUGCGAAAAAAAAUAAAAAAUCUGAAGUAGCGGACGAGGAUAAUGUUGAAGUUUCCUCUUCCGAAUGUUCAGAGAAUUCAAAUGAUGAAAAUGUAGACAGUGACGAAAACGAUAUAAACGAAGAUGUUGAAAACGAUGUCGACGGUGAGGAAGAAGAAAGCGAUGUUGAAAGCCAAGAAGAUGAAAGUAAUGAGGAACAGGAUGAGAACGUUGAUGAAGACGAAGAAGAUGAAGAUACCGAAGAUGAAUAGUUUAAAAUAAUACAUAGCCAAAGUGAUUUUAACUUUACAUAUUAUCGGAAUCUUAAUAAAAAUUUAUAUUUUA